UCUUGAGGAGAUAAUAAAACACAAGGCAUAAUAAAGAUGAUAAUAACCUAAAUUUGGUCGAAGCGGAACACGUACAACAGUCUUCUCUUCUUCAACAAGUUCUUGUUUUCUCUCUCUGUAUCUGAAGUAGCUACUGUCUUACUGUAUCCCAUUAAAGAGAUCAUGGAUGAACUUGAUCUUAUCAAACAAGAGACUAUGGAUGAACUUGAUGAAAGCCUUAAUCAACAUGAGAAUGAGGUAGUACCAGAGGACUUACUCCUUGAGGUGAAAGAAGAACCAUCACUCCUUGAGGUGAACCUAGAGCAAGAGCAAGAGCAAGGGCAAGAGCAAGAGCAAGAGCAAGAGCAAGAGCAAGAGCAAGAGCAAGAGCAAGAGCAAGAGCAAGAGCAAGAGCAAGAGCAAGAGCAAGACCAAGACCAAGAGCAAGAGCAAGACCAAGAGCAAGAGCAAGACCAAGACCAAGAGCAAGAGCAAGACCAAGAGCAAGAGCAAGACCAAGACCAAGAGCAAGAGCAAGACCAAGAGCAAGAGCAAGACCAAGACCAAGAGCAAGAGCAAGACCAAGAGCAAGAGCAAGACCAAGACCAAGAGCAAGAGCAAGACCAAGAGCAAGAGCAAGACCAAGACCAAGAGCAAGAGCAAGACCAAGAGCAAGAGCAAGACCAAGACCAAGAGCAAGAGCAAGACCAAGAGCAAGAGCAAGACCAAGACCAAGAGCAAGAGCAAGACCAAGAGCAAGAGCAAGACCAAGACCAAGAGCAAGAGCAAGACCAAGAGCAAGAGCAAGACCAAGACCAAGAGCAAGAGCAAGACCAAGAGCAAGAGCAAGACCAAGACCAAGAGCAAGAGCAAGACCAAGACCAAGAGCAAGAGCAAGACCAAGACCAAGAGCAAGAGCAAGACCAAGACCAAGAGCAAGAGCAAGACCAAGACCAAGAGCAAGAGCAAGACCAAGACCAAGAGCAAGAGCAAGACCAAGACCAAGAGCAAGAGCAAGACCAAGACCAAGAGCAAGAGCAAGACCAAGACCAAGAGCAAGAGCAAGACCAAGACCAAGAGCAAGAGCAAGACCAAGACCAAGAGCAAGAGCAAGACCAAGACCAAGAGCAAGAGCAAGACCAAGACCAAGAGCAAGAGCAAGACCAAGACCAAGAGCAAGAGCAAGACCAAGACCAAGAGCAAGAGCAAGACCAAGACCAAGAGCAAGAGCAAGAGCAAGAGCAAGAGCAAGAGCAAGACCAAGACCAAGAGCAAGAGCAAGACCAAGAGCAAGAGCAAGACCAAGACCAAGACCAAGACCAGGAUCAAGAACAGGAACAAGUGCAGAAACAAAAACAAGAACAAGGUGUUGCUGCUACUGGAGGUGGUGGCGAAAGGUGGCCAGGGUGGCCUGGGGAAAGUGUAUUUCGUAUAUUGGUCCCUUCACAAAAAGUAGGAAGCCUUAUUGGACGCAAAGGAGAGUACAUCAAAAAGAUUGUUGAAGAAUCAAAAGCUCGUAUUAAGGUUCUCGAUGGUCCUCCAGGGAUUACUGAGAGAGCAGUAAUGGUAUCUGCCAGGGAGGAGCCUGAAUCCUCUCUUCCACCUGCUAUAGAUGGUCUUCUGAGGGUCCAUAGACGUGUUGUGGAUGGGCUGGAGAAUGAUUCUUCUCAUCCUCCUCCAACUGUAGCUGGAAAGGUCUCGACAAAGCUGCUUGUGCCAGCUUCACAGGCUGGAAGUCUUAUUGGAAAACAAGGGACAACCGUCAAGUCCAUUCAAGAAGCAUCCAGUUGUAUUGUUAGAGUUCUCGGAACAGAGGACCUUCCCAUGUUUGCACUUCAAGAUGAUAGGAUAGUUGAAGUAGUAGGGGAACCUGUUGGUGUACACAAGGCAGUUGAGUUAAUUGCUUCUCACCUGAGGAAAUUUUUGGUUGAUCGUGGCAUAAUCCCAGUAUUUGAGAUGCAAAUGCAAAUGCCACCAAAUCCACCUGUGGAACACAUGCCACCUCCCCAAACUUGGGGUCCUCCUCCCCAAGCUUUCCCACAAAGCGCUGCUGGAGGUCCGGGAUAUGGUAAUAGUCCUCAUUUCAUGCCACCAUCCAGGCAACACGAUAAUUAUUAUCCACCAGCUGACAUGCCACCUCCUAUGGAUAAACAACCUCAUCAAGGCAUUUCUGCAUACGGAAGAGAGGCUCCAAUGUCAAUGCAUUCAUCAUCCAACAACCCAGCAGCACCGUCUCUUAUUACUCAGAUUACACAGCAGAUGCAGAUCCCUCUGGCCUUUGCUGAUGCUGUGAUUGGAACAAAUGGUGCAAGCAUAAGUUACAUCCGACGGGUUAGUGGUGCUACUGUUACCAUACAGGAAACAAAGGGAGUUCCUGGGGAGAUGACUGUUGAAAUCAACGGAACUGCUUCUCAAGUCCAAACAGCACAACAAUUGAUACAGAAUUUCAUGGCAGAUGCAGGGGCACCUCAGCCACAGACAGGUCCACCAGCUGACCAAGGCUACAACCCGUAUGGAGCUCCUCCUCCUUCUAUGUAUUCAUCUGCCCCUUCAAAUGCAGGUGUUCCGGGGCAAUCUGGGGGAUAUGGUUCAGUGUAUGGCAACAAUUAUGGCUAUUGAACUGGAUCUAUCUGCCAUUUAAUUUGGCGAACAAAACUAAUAAUCCUUUCGCGAGGGUGUUUUGUAUUUUGUGUUGUACUCUUCAGUUAGGCCUAGUGACAUGGAAUUCCUAUAGAUAGAGUGAUGUAUGCAUUAGGCUCGUUACAAUCUUCAAUCUACAAAAAUGUUUAUUUUA